AUGGCACCAAGUAAGCAAUGGAUGCAACUUGUUGAUAAUCGACUUAAUGAAGCCUACUUAAUCGGGGUACAAAAGUUUUUGGAUUAUGCUUUUCGAAGAACAGGAGAAUUGUAUGAAAUACGAUGUCCAUGUGUCAAGUGUUGUAACACAACAUUAGGAACGCGCGAGACUGUUGAGACACAUCUGAAAGUAUAUGGAAUAAUUCAAAAUUAUACUUUUUGGUAUCACCAUGGGGAAGUUUUAGGUGAGCCGCUGUCGGAAUGCGAAGAUGAUAAUCAAGUAGAAGAAUGUGAGAGUGAGAACGAAAUACAAGAAAUUUUGAGAGAUUUAUAUCCUAAUCAUGAUGAACGCAUUGCAAACAGUGGCUGUGAUGAUUUAGCUGAAGAGGAACCGAAUGUUGAAGCAAAAAUAUUUUAUAGUCUAUUGAGAGAUUUCGAGAAGCCACUAUACCAAAGUUCAAAAAUCUCAAAGCUUUCAACUUUGAUUAAAUUGCUUCACAUAAAAAGUAUGGGUCGUUGGAGCAAUGAGUCAUUUACAAUGUUAUUGAAAAUGUUAAAAGAGGAGUUGUUGCCAGAUGGAGCAAAUUUACCAAAUUCAUAUUAUGAGGCAAAAAAGGUAAUUCGGGACCUUGGGCUUUCCUACCACAAGAUUGAUGCUUGCGUAAAUGAUUGCAUGUUAUACUGGAAGGAGGAUAACUUACUUGAUUCUUGUAAAGUUUGUGGUGCGUCCAGAUGGAAAAUAGAAAAACAUAGCGGGGAAGCAAAGAAUAGAAAAGGUAAAAAGAUAGCAUCAAAGACUUUACGCUAUUUUCCGUUAAAGCCCAGGCUUCAAAGGUUGUUUAUGUCUACAAAGACAUCUUCUCUAAUGACAUGGCAUCAUGAUGUAAGAGUUGAUGAUGGAAUAAUGAGGCACCCAGCUGAUUCAAUGGCAUGGAAAUCAUUUGAUGAGCUUCAUCCCUCAUUUGCGGCCGAGCCUCGUAAUGUUCGACUUGGACUUGCUAGUGAUGGAUUUCAGCCAUUUCGGAAUUCAAAAACCUCAUAUAGCAUUUGGCCAGUGGUACUUAUUCCUUAUAAUUUACCACCUUGGUUGUGUAUGAAACAAGAAAAUUUCAUUAUGUCAAUGCUUAUACCUGGUCUAGAUAGUCCAGGAGAUGCAAUUGACAUAUAUCUGCAGCCCUUGAUAGAAGAACUGAAGGAGUUAUGGGAAUUUGGUAUAGAGACUUUUUAUGCAUCAACUAGACAGAAUUUCAAGUUACGUGCUUCUUUGUUAUAG